AUGUGAAUAGCGAUCUUCACGCGAAGGCGGUACUACACGCCCCCCAUGCAGGAGAAGUACAGCGGAUCAUCUGCAAGGCGUCCCGGAGGAUCGUCUUAAUGCACCAAAACACGUCUGGAAAGGCGUUGAAAACUGAGGCAUUAUCCACAGUCACCUAGCCUCAGAGACUUAAGUCACUACAGAAGGAGGACGUCAGGUGCCAAGGGUGCUGCCCUGUUGAAGUGGAACUAGGCGUACAGCAGCUUUCUAAUCUGCUGCUGAAUGAAGUCAGCAGAUAUUUAUGAAGCAUUCGCGGCCCUUUGAUUAAUCAGCCACUCGAUGGGGAUUUUCAGAGGAGCUCCCACCUGCGCCGCCCCCCCUCCUGUGAAACGCCCGGACCCCCUCUUCAGCACCGCCUCUAUAGAAAUCAUGAAACUUGUAUUAACUGAAUGGAAUUUGAUAUGGAUUUUUGCUGCUUGUAGUAGACAGUAAAAACCCGACCCAUGUCUGAGCCAUAUCUGAGUACACACCCAUACCAAAUACCCGAGUCUGCUCUGCACGCCCGUCACCACCUCCCAAACACCGUACGGAAUAUAUUUGUGCACUGAAGGGUUUCUGGAGAGUUCCUGAAUACUCGGAACGGAGAGCGACAACAGGUGGCGCCGUUGGAGUCGCCUGCACCCUUCUUCAGAUCUCUGGUUCUUUUUUUUUGCCUUUUACUUCAUCACGCUGCUCGCAUGCGGGUGGCGAUGGCUCCCCAGAAUGCCGAAUCGGAUACUAUGCAAGUGCAGGGCCUGGAGGUGGUCCCUGUGAAGAAGCCGGCCGGUGGCCCGGAGCAGGAGAGCCAGGACGAGUCGGUGAGCGAGGGGUCCAUAGACCGCAUCCCCCUCCGCAAAUGGGUCAUGCACGGGGCCGUCAUGUUCGGCCGGGAGUUCUGCUACGCCAUGGAGACUGCCUUGGUCACGCCAGUAUUGCUGCAAAUAGGUCUUCCAGAACAGUAUUACAGCCUGACAUGGUUCCUGAGCCCCAUCCUGGGCUUGGUCUUCACGCCUCUGAUCGGCUCGGCCAGUGACCGCUGCACACUACGAUGGGGUCGCCGGCGCCCAUUCAUCCUGGCGCUUUGCGUGGGGGUGUUGUUCGGCGUGGCACUCUUUCUCAACGGCUCCCUCAUCGGUCUGGCUAUCGGAGACGUGCCGAACAAGCAGCCAAUCGGCAUCGUACUGACCGUGCUGGGGGUGGUGGUGCUGGAUUUCUGCGCGGACGCCACCGAGGGACCCAUCCGCGCCUACCUGCUGGACGUGGCCGACACGGAGGAGCAGGACAUGGCCCUGAACAUCCACGCCUUCUCUGCCGGACUGGGGGGUGCUGUCGGCUACAUGCUGGGCGGUCUAGACUGGACUCACACCUUCCUUGGCCAGGUCUUCAAAUCGCAGGAGCAGAUCCUCUUCAUCUUCGCUGCCCUCAUUUUCACCGUCUCUGUGGGACUUCACCUCAUCAGCAUCGAGGAGCGGCAGUACAGCCCGCAGCAGGACCGGCUAGAUGAAGAAGCUGAGACAGCGUCCUCAGUCAAACUGAACGGGAGCCUGGCCGCCAGCGCCCUGCCCCAGCUGGAUGCCAUUUACGAGGACGAGACCUACUGCGCCUACGAGGACAGCCGCUCUGAGCGGGACGUGGACAUGGACUUCCUGGAAGUCAACAUCGUGAGGAGUAAGAGCGACUCAGUGCUGGCCAUGCCCGACGCCACGCUGGAGCUGGACCAUGACACGCUGUUCCUGCAUGAAAUCGAGCCUUCCAUCUUCGAGGACCGCCUGUCCUCCUGCCAUGGCACCCCGCCACGCCGCAGCAGCAGCGCAGGCAGUCAGGAUGCCUUUCGGGCUAAGCUGCAACGCCUGUCGGCCCUCCUGCAGGACGCGCCCAACGAUGGCAAGGAGAUGCUGCUUAGCGACCAGCUCGACGAGGCAAUCAAGGUGCCCAACGGGGUCCCCGCCGGCCCCAGCAGCCACCCGCACACAGACAUGAAGCAGUCAAGCACCAGCGCUUCCAUGCGGCGCCGCCGUCAUGCCUUCUACCGCCAGCCAUCCUGCACGUUCUCCUACUACGGCCGCGUGGGCGCGCGCCGCUACCGAUACCGACGGGCCAACGCAGUGCUGCUCAUCAAGUCGUCGCGCAGCAUGAACGACAUCUACGAGAUGCAGGAGCGGCAGCGCCGACGUGAGCACCGCCAGCGGCACCAGAGCGGAAACACCAACUCCAGCGGGGAUACGGAGAGCGACGAGGGCGAGGUGGAGACCAGCGUGCGCCUCCUCUGGCUCUCCAUGCUCAAGAUGCCUCCCCAGCUCCUGCGACUCUGCGUCUGCCACCUGCUCACCUGGUUCGCCAUCAUCGCCGAGGCUGUUUUCUACACGGAUUUCAUGGGUCAGGUCAUCUUUGAGGGUGACCCAAAGGCUGCUACUAACUCCACUGCCCUCCAGAACUACCACAAAGGUGUCCAGAUGGGCUGCUGGGGGCUGGUUAUCUACGCUGCUACUGCUGCAAUCUGCUCAGCUCUGCUUCAGAAAUACUUGGACAACUUCGACCUCAGCAUCAGGGUUAUCUACAUAUUGGGCACUCUUUGCUUCUGCAUCGGCACAGCGGUGAUGGCCAUCUUUCCCAACGUCUAUGUAUCCAUGGUGAUGAUCAGCAGCAUGGGCGUCAUCUCCAUGAGCAUCUCCUACUGCCCCUAUGCCCUUCUUGGCCAGUACCAUGACAUCAAGGAGUAUAUCCACCACAGUCCUGGGAACUCAAAGAGAGGCUUUGGCAUCGACUGUGCCAUCCUGUCCUGUCAGGUCUACAUCUCCCAGAUCCUGGUGGCCUCUGCUUUGGGUGCGAUGGUGGAGGUGGUGGGCAGUGUGAGGGUCAUACCCAUCGUGGCAUCCGGCGGCUCCCUCCUGGGCUUCCUCACUGCCAGCUUCCUGGUCAUCUACCCCAACACCGACGAGGCCAAAGCCGAGCAGGCCAAGGCCUUGCCGCUGGCGGUGCCGGGCCAGAGCAAGCCCGUGGAGAAGCCGAGUGUGCUCCAGCUGACCCAGAAAGGCGACACUGCCGCCUGUAAGGUGGGGUGCGAGUCCACGCUGUGAUCCCAGCAACAGAAACCAUCGCAAACCCCAUCGGCAUUAACAUUCCCCCCACGUGACUGGUGAAAGACUACCCAUUCGUGAUUGGCUUUACAUAAUCUGAGCACAGGGCCGCGUUAAGGCCUGUCCUCGCAUGGUUUUAGGCUACGGAGCGCAGAGGUCUGUAGCUUCACCCUCUCAGGGCCUCCGGGGGCACAGUCAGGCACCUCUGGGGAUUCAGCAGAACAGCUAUCAGGAAACUCACAGCAUGUUUUGGCUCCAGGUCUCAGUAAUCUGCAGUCCCCUUGAAUCAAAAUAAACAAUAAGGACAGAAUUCACAUUCUUUAUACAGAUCCGACAAUAAUUCUGAAAUAUUUUUCAAUCGCCACCCGUGUUUUUAAUUGGUUUUCUGUAAAUUUUAUUAUGCAAAUUGAUUGUCAAACUGCUCAAUUAUUCUUGUAGACUCACGUCGAGUCUCCUGAGCUGAUAGCGGGUGUCGGUUCAGGAGGACUUCCCCAAGAGGUGUAGGUGGUGUGAGGAUACUGUUUGGUGUGCUGAUUCACUCUCGCGUCCCUUCCAAUCGAAUGAUGACGUGGAGAUGCGGGAGUGGGGCGUCUGCAGCUUGCAUGAGACAGCUCAGCAGAGGUCGCCGUUGCAUGGUUCCCCGAGGAACCCAUUCGUGUGUUUGAUAGUUUCCUUGGGUUUGCUGUGAUCUUCCUCUUACUAUGGAAACACUGGUUCAUUCACUUUCUUUAAGGCAUUACUUAUGAAGACUACAGUAAACUACCGUUACUUAUUGUGAAAACACUUCUGUCGAUAUACAGUAUAUGAAGAUUUCAUGGGCACUUUGGAAGCGCGUCCAAGAUGGAGCAGAGUUUGAAGUGCUGGAUUGACGUUCUCUACCAUUUUUUUCUGGUUGUUUUUCUAUGUAUUAACAUAAGUCAGAUAUUAAUGUAAACUGGUUUUGCUUGUACCAGUAGGAGGCGCUUAUCACCUACUGGGACUUUGGCAAGCAGAAGGGAUGGAGUCAAACUCCUUUGCUAGUUGCACUCAGAGCUGAGACACAAAAAUCGCCCUUUCCUACGUGUACAUGUACUGAAAAAAGUAUGAAUGGCAAGCCAGUAUGGAGAGGAGACGUGUGAGCACACUGCUGGUUAAGUGAGAGACUUGGUCCUGCCAUUGUAGUUCUGGGGAGGCCUGUUCUCUGGCCUGGGUAUUUAGACUACAGCGUCAUGAGGUCCCAUGAAUCACUGGGGCACUGACCUUGAUGUGAGCCACAGAUGCUAUGGGGCAGUUCUUAAGUCACACAUUGUAGGUUUUACACUGUGACAUGCAAUGAUGUGAGUGUAUUUUUUUUUUCCCUGAAUAGAGCCAUUGCACUUAAGGCGCAGAUCUGCGCAGAUCUGUUACCGCAGGCACCUGUGGGGCAUGAUGAAGCUACUACCCCCGGUUUGGUGACACCUCCCAGGUGUCAUAUUGGUCUUUGGCUGCGAAGUAUUGAAGGCUGACACCUGUCACGUACUGCGGGAAUUAUUAAAAGGUGGCGCGUGGCUUUAUUUUCUGAGUUAGAUUUAUAUAUGAUAAACGCGUUAUGCUCAACGUUUAUUUAUACUGUAAAUAAACAGAGCGCAUAGUCAUCUGUAUCUAAAUAUGAUUUAUAUAUAUAUAUACCUAUCAAUCUAUCUAUAGAAGUAGAUUAAUGCAAAUAUUAGUUUAUUGUGUUUAAAAGAAAAAAAUAAGGUGAUGUCUUCAAAAUAUGAAAAGAAGAUGAACAAAACUUGAAAAGAAAACCCCCCCAUCACAUUUCUGACAAAUCACGACAGCUGCAAUAAUGUCUGCCUCACUGCGCGUGUUCAAAGGCAGAGCGAUUGUGGUUUUAUAAUGCAUGAGUGGGUGAAUGCGUAUCCUAGUUACCUUAUUUUAAAAGUAAUUAUGGCUGAACAUACAAGGCUUAGAACUACUCGUAAAGGGUAUUUUUCAAUACUUGAAGUUCGAUUUUAGUGACAUUCUCCAGAACCUCUUACCGUCGACUACGGAAUGUAGAGACCGGCCUGGGGUCUGAGUGGUCUGACCCAGGCCGUAGUCUGAAUUUGAUUCCAUCGGAUCACAGUGGAAAAGAUCGAAUGUAAUGUUUGUUAAUUUACAGCAAAAGAUCUUACGACGCGUGGAACUUGCACAUAAAGUUGGGGGGGGGGCAUCUUUCAAAAGAAUAUGAAACUGUGGAUAUUUAUUUUUUUGAGCUUGUGAAAUGGACACUGACUUUAUUUAAGAAGUUAUUGAAAAAUAUAUAGAGAGAGACUUAGAGCUCUGCUGAAUGCUUGAGACCUCUAGUAAGGUGCAGAUGGAAGUGUGUGCUUGAGCACGUGGGAGGUCUGGGGACGGCUCUCCCCGGCUGUCGCCUGCGUGCCCGUCAUCCCGCGUUUACAGUUCACUGCUUUGUUUUCCAGGUUAAACGUUGAGAGCAGAUUUUACGAAAGAAAAUUUGUCACCGUUUGCUAAGCGUGCAUAAUUUGAUGUUCUCAUACGAAUGCUGACAUCUCGCUUUCCUGUUUAAAAAAAAAAAAAACAAUCACUCAGAAUGUCAUUAUAUAAAAACAACACUGACCUGGGGUAAAAAGGAGAGGUGUAAACUUAAUGGGAAUCAUACUUGUAUAUAACACAAUAUUGUGCUUAAAAAUAUCUGAAUAUUUUUUGCAGUGUAUUAUUCCUCAUUUAAAGGUUGUAAAUAAUUCUUGUAGUUUUCUUUUGCUGCUAUUAAAGGCUUAUUUUAGUUUUUUUUCUAUAAGUACUAUGUAUAUAAAUAAAGUUUGUGAAUAUGCUUCUCCUGUAGAACUAUGAAAGAACAUUAUAUUGAAUGCACCUUUAAUGAACCUUAAAACCAAAAAUUCUC